UCUUGCCAGCAUGGAGCUGCACGGUGAGCGCGUAUCUGCUCCCGCAGCUUCGUCGUCUUCUGGGGACCGCUCGCAAGUCACGGUGUCCAGGGAGCUGCUGAAUGCGGGGAGCGCGGGUUCGCGAGGUAUCUGGGACCAGUUGCUCAUCAGCUCUAAGCCCCAUCCCAAGAAGACCUCUACUGUUAAAACAGUUCGGAUGCAGAGGAGCCCUUUGUUAGAUCAAGUGCAGGCGUUUCUCCCACAGCUGGCCCAGGCCAAUGAAAAGCUGCGGAAGGAAAUGGCAGCGGCUCCAGCUGAUCGCUUCAAUAUUGAAAACACCCAGGGGACAUCUGGGAACAUCAUACAGAUGGAUGUGGCCUUAUUUGAGAUGAACCGGUCAGAUUCAAAGGAAGAGGACAGCUCAGAAGAGAGCUCCCCUGACGGCUCCACAGACGGCUCGGAGUCCGAAGACGAAGACUGCACCCCCUCCGAAGUCACUGUGGACAACAUUAAGCUCCCGAGUGCAGGAGGUGGCAGAGGCAAGAUUGAAGUGUUAGACAGUCCGGCGAGUAAAAAGAAGAACCAGUGAGGUAGAGGGACGGGAAGAGGCAGGAGCCACACCUGUGACCUGUGGGGAGGGCGCCCCCAGGGUCCUGGGCUUCAAGGUCCCUGUGGCACCUUCACUGUCAAAAAGAAAAAUUCACAAAUUUGGGGGUGUUAUACAUAGAAAGUGUUCAGGCUGCAGGGUGGGCGGGUAGUGCCCUUGGAAACUGAGAAGGGAAAUACGGAAGAAAUAACUUGAUUGGCUACAUGCAGAUAUUUGCCCAAGUUGGCAUGGUCUGAACUAUGAGCUCCAUGACUCAUUGAAGCUCAUUUAUGCUAAAAUCAGGGUAUUGCUUACAAAAUUCCCACUUCCAAAUUAGUUUGGUUUGUGCACCAAGGCAGGUUACCGUUUGUUAUAUAGGAACUGGGUACUAGAGACCAGCCCAGGAUAAUGGCCCCCUGCCAUUUAAGGUGUUUGUAUUUUAUUUUAUUCACAAAAACCAAAGCUGCCUUUUAAAGUUUUGUAAUGGACAGUGUGUGAUGACAUCCUGUGAGGGGAGGCUGACCUUUGCGCUCGCUGUGAAGAGGUUGGUGUUUACAAAUAUCCACUGUGUCACUGUGUGCAUGUUGGUGUAUGAGUUCAUGUAAACAUUGUCUUCAGAUGCAAUGGUGCCGCAGCCUAGAGAACGACUCCCGUUCUCCUGUGCCUGGGGUAGCUGUUCUGACGUCUCAUGAGGACUAAUGCCCCCCCACCAGGAGGCUGCUUGGCUACCUGGAGGACGUAGCACCUACCAAGGUGGCUUGACAUUCUGUGUGCUGAUGCCUCCUCUGACCCUGGGUCUCUAGUUGGACCUUCUGAGGGCUGCUGAUCCACAGUAAGGAAAGGUUAGGGCAUCAGCCCUGAACCCAGUUUCCCACCUCCAGCUCCUCCUUCCACUCUUGUCCCUGAGCCUUAGAGAUACUAUUUACCCCGAGAACUGAGCCAUUGGGCUGCUAUACCAAACCAGGAGCAGACAAUUGUGGAGCCUUCCUCCGAAAGCGAUCCAGGCCGUCAGAAGAGCACACACCCCCGAGGCAGUGGUCAAAAGCAUCCUACACAGCCAAGUAUUGUGUCUUGAUUGGGUUCUCUAUCCAGUGACUGCACACAUCCUGACCACAGCUGUGUGGAUACCCAGUCUAGCCUGGUUUUCCAAUUACCAGAUUUUUAGACUGAAGAGACAUCUGAUAGGUGUAGUUCUGAGUUUGGUAAUAGCCAGGGCUUUGCUUAUAUUGCCAGCAUAGGGCCCCUGCUUAGGGACUAAAGACAGAAACUGGGUAUUCCUGUGACAGAUAAUGGCUUCACACCUUGGCGAGUGCCAAGCUGCAGGGCCCCACGGCACAGGCGUAAGAGUAAAGCGUUCUUUUUACCGUGUACAAGAGAACAGAUUGUAUAGUUUUCAAACUGGACAUGCUCCCCAACAAACGCUGGACUCUAUUUGGGAAGCUUGCGCAAAAUUACAAAGGGAAGGCGUGUUGGAGGCCGAUCCAUUUCCCUCUGCGUAUCUCAGAGAAGAGAGGUGGCAGGAACAUCCUUACAGAUCGCCUACAUUGUAAAGACGGGUGGGAAAGGUUCUCAUAGAACGGGUGGUCAGCGGCUGACCUGGGAUAGCUAGGUUAUAGGAGGUGACUGACAGCUCGGAGAGGGCCUAGGAGUGGCUCUAGGUGUGUCUCCCUACACGGGAAUAGAAAGUCCCACACAUGUUCUGCUGUUUGUUUACCUGGUGCCCUUUUGCAACUUGAAGGAGGCAGCCACUGUGCAGCCACCAGAAGUUGUAUGUCACUCCUUCUGGGCACAGUGAAUCAGAAUCACAUAAAUGCCCAUUUUGGUCCAGUCUCAUGAUGCCCAGAAAGCAUGUUCCGUGGCACACCUACCUGACUAGAGAGUCCGUCAUGUGUGCAGUAGUGUUCGUCCUCACCGUGGUUUAUAGUGGUUGCCGCCCAGUGCAAGAAGAGGCAGCAACAGUCUGACUCCAGUGCACAAAUAUUCAGAGGAUAAUUGUCUUAGUUUACUUUCCUAUUUCUGUGAAGAGAUACCAUGACUAAGGCAACUUGUAAAACCGAGACUUCAGUUGGUUUCUUCCUGACAGUUUCAGAGGGUGAGUCUGUGACCCUCAUGGUAGGGAGGGUGGUGGCGGGCAGAGCUCUGUAGCAGCUGCUUAUGUCUGUUACACAAGCAGGAGACAGAAUAUGAGACCGGGCCUGGCUGAGCUUUUGAAACCUCAAAGCGCACCCCUAGUGACACCUUAGCCAACAAGCCCCACCUCCUGAUCCUUCUCACAAACGUCCACCAGCGAGGACCGUUUCCUCUUGAACCACCACGAAGCUGUCUCAGCAUGUGCGUUUCUGUUUCUGACCUGACGAGAGUUCUAACAGGGAGGGGCCUGGACAUACAACUGGCAGAUUGUUGACUGUCCCUGUGCUGAUGGCACCACAGCUGAACCUGCUGUUACCUGUGUAACAAGCAGGUCAUAGGGUUUUUGGGUUCCGUAGCCAAAGGAGGCUGCGUGGCCUGAACAGCGCCCCCUGACGCUGACAGCUAACCACUGGGGAUGCAGUGUAUCCUGGAUUAGAACACCCAGGUUGGUGUUCUAGUCUCCUGAAGGCAGAUCCUAUGUUGUAGUUAGCAGUGGGUAGAUAACUGCUUCUCUCAGCUACACACCCAGGUCUAGUGUGGGAACCUCUGGAUCCAUCUCCCUGGCAAGCAACAGCUAGGAAAGUAGACCACCUCGAAAUUGGAGUUUUUAUUUAACAAACUUGUGGUUGCUGGAAGCAUCAUUUAUGCACACGUGGUGUCUUCAUUUAAAUGUCAGCUGCCAUUUAUGCAUUCGUGCCAUUUCUGCAGUCUGAGUCUGUGACACCUCAGAGACUUGGCAAAAAGCCCUCCAACAUCCCCUUUUGGAUAUGCUGUGAUUGUACUGUCAGUGAAGUGGACCCUGCUGGACCCACCUGCUUCAGGCUUUCCCUUUUUGGCUAGUGGUUGCUCUAGUAUUGUGGAUAUUGGGCUUAACACCCCUCUGUCUGACAGUGAAAUGAAGCCCACUGAAACUAUUGAGGGGAUGGGCCUUAGGGACCGGUUCUCUAAGGUAGACAUCAGGGCACUAGGCACACAGUCAUUUAAACUGUCUCACAAGAAAGGGGCUAUGUUGGGAGAUGGAUGGGGCAUUGGAAUGCUGAUGAUCAGGAUGGAUUGUUUACAUGUAUGAAAUUAUCAAAAAGUGAAUAAAUUACAUUUUUAAAAGAUAGUUUAAAGCAUUUGGUGGCACAUUCUUACAGUCCUAACCCUCAGGCAAGAGACUGAGAAGUUGAGGUCAGCCUGGGUUGAACACCAAGACCCUGUCUGAAAACAGAAACACACCCUGGGCCCCUUGUGUCCUAAUGACGCCUCCCCAUCAGGUUAUGCAGGGACGGACAGCUGGAAACCAGUGAGGUGGGGGAAGGUAGACCCGUUCCAGAGUAGUCCAUUGCUACAAGGGCUGUGGGACUUCUCAGUGACAGUCACAUCAGUUAUGUCUGUCAACAAAGCCACAGGCUUUCAAGUAUUAACAUCGUUCUUGCUAUAUUUGAAUAAACUUGUCCUCUACCUUCCCCACCCUCAGUACCCUGAUCUUGUGUGGCCCCAUCAUUCAAGCGCCUUCCCCUCCCUUGUCCUUUUGCCCCGUCUGCCUGGCCUCACCACCCGCUAUUACUGAUUCCUUCCUGAGACUUGGGACCACACCGGUUUGCUAAUGUUACACAUUAUAGGUUGGGAUCUCUACGUGAGGGAAAACGGGAAGAUUUUCUUCGUUCUGAGUCACUGUACUUAACAUACUUUUUAGAUAUGCCCAUUUUUUGCAAAUUUCAUUUCCUUCUUCACAACUAAAAUGUCUUCAGAUGUGUGUGUAUGAUCACAUUUUUGUUACCUGUCACCUGUUGGUGGACUACUAGAUUGGUUACAUGUCCUUGCUAUUUGGAAGCAGAAAGAAACACGGGUGUGCAAAUCUCUGUUUUCUGUAUGUGGAGCCGUUUAGGUCUAGAUCCAGGAGUAGUAGAGCUGGGUCGUGCUAGAUCUGGUUUUAAUUUUUUGAAAUACCUCCAUGAUUUCCAUAAUGGAUAAAUUCGUUUGAACUCUGAUUAGCAGUGAAUGAAAAUUUUUCUCCCCACAACUGUCCAGAUUUCCUGGUGUCCAUUUUGACUGAGGUGUGAGGUGUUAACUGAAAGUAGCUUCAGUUCGCAUUUUUCCUGAUGGCUAGGAUAACGAUCUUUCUCACGCACGCACAUGCAGGUUUCACUGUAGCUCUCUGACUAUCCUGGAACUCUGUAGACUAGGCUGGUCUGGAACUGAGAUCUACCUGCCUCUGCAUCCUGGGGGGUGGGAUUAAAGGUGUGCAUCACCACUGCCCACGUGAACGUUUUACAAAAAUACUUGGGGACAUGUGUUUCUGCUUUAGAGAACACACUGUAUUAGCACAUUCGUUUGUCAGAAUUGCUUUUAAUUUGUUUUACUUUGUAAAUUCUAGAUAUUAGCCUUCUGAGAAUACUUGGUAAACAUUUUCUCCCAUUCUGUGGGCUAUUGAUGUCUCUUGAUAUAAAGAACAUUUAGUUUCAUGUA